AUGCUGGUGGGAGGGCUGGGCUGGGCACUAAGUAACACAGUACCAUGCUGGUGGGAGGGCUGGGCACUAAGUAACACAGUACCAUGCUGGUGGGAGGGCUGGGGCUGGGCACUAAGUAACACAGUACCAUGCUGGUGGGAGGGCUGGGGCUGGGCACUAAGUAACACAGUACCAUGCUGGUAGGAGGGCUGGGGCUGGGCACUAAGUAACACAGUACCAUGAUGGUGGGAGGGCUGGGCACUAAGUAACACAGUACCAUGCUGGUGGGAGGGCUGGGGCUGGGCACUAAGUAACACAGUACCAUGCUGGUGGGAGGGCUGGGGCUGGGCACUAAGUAA